AUGCAACGGUGCGUCGUCGUGGGUCGUCGUUACCCUUCCUCCUCCUCCGCGAUCAUCGAGAAGAACGAGAGAGAGAAGAAGAAGAAAUGCAGUCGUCGCUUUCGUCGGUCGUCGACCGUGGUGGGAAACAACAACGACAACGACGACGACGGAAGAAGAAGAAAUCAAAUCAAUCUCAAAGCGAACGAAAGAGCGAACGAACGCAGGAAACAGGCGGUGAUUGAACUCUCAAAAAGAGAGGAAGCGUGCAAAGGGUACUGCAAUUUAUGCGGCAAGACGCACACUUUGGAAAGAACGCGGGAGGCGGAAGAGGUAGCGAAAGCGUUGCUCGAGAAGUUGCGGAAGCAGAAAUCGGUCUCGGACGAGGACGAAAGUGGUCAGUUUUUAGUCGAGGACGUGUACGACCAACGAACCGGGGGUAAAAUGAUUGGCGUGCUCCUGUGCGAAACGACGACGACGACGACGACGACGACGAGUGAGAGGAAAGUGUUGAAAGCGUUUAGCGGACAAUGGAUGGGCGAGUGGGUGGUUCCCGGGUGGUGUCCUCCGUUGGCGCGGUUGACGCACGACAGUUUAGAAUACAUCGAGGAGAGGGAAAAGAUUGAGAAGUUGUCGGAGGAAAUUAAAAGGUUGGAGAAAGAAGCGUCGUGGUCGUCGUCGGGGUCGAGUGGCACGGCCGCGACGGCCGUGACGGAGUUGAAGACGAAACGGAAGAAUAUGUCGAGGGCGCUGUUGGAAAGGAUUUGGGAUUCGUACAGUUUGCCGAGUUUUAGAAAAGAGAGGAAGAUGAGUGAGGGUGAUGACGAUGAUAACAGCGAUAACAGUAAUAGUAGUAGUAUUCGUAGUAGUAGCGAUAUUGAAAACAAUAGAAGGAAGCUCGUGGAGCUGAACAUUAGGAAGUGUUACUACGGCGACGCGUCAAAGUUGCCGUGCGGAUGCGGCGAUUGCGCGGCGCCGAAAUUGUUGGCGGAAUGCGCGAGGAAAGGGUGGAAACCGAUUGCGAUUGCAGAGACGUGGAUGGGACCGAACGUGAAGAGAGGAGCAGGUUUGCGCGAAGAAGGCGUGUUUUAUGGGGCGUGUUUGGAACGGUGUCGUCCUAUACUUGGACACAUGCUCUGCGACGCGGCAUUAGAGUUAGAAUAG